AUGAGUAACGACAGCUUGAUCAAACUGAAUUGCCAUUAUUCUGAACAAGUCAAAAAGGACCAAAAUGCAAUAUUACAAUACACAAAUGGAGUGGUUGAUUUGGUUGAGGUUGUUGAGCUGGUGUCGAAGUUGAUUGAGAAAAGGAUUGUCAUUGGGAAAUUGUGGUUCAAGCUACCAUAUGAAGAUGUAGAAGAUAUGAAGUCUCUAUGGGAAGAUGUUGAGCAUAAUAAGCAGAGAAUGCAAGCUUCUGAGAGUUGGUACAAGGAGCUAGAUAUAUACAUUGAAAAGGGUUGGGAUGUUCCUGAUGUUGAAGAAGAGAGUGGAAAGGAAGCUGACGAAGAGAACACUGACAAGAUAAUAGUUAUUUUUUUGAAUCAAGUAAACAACGAAGAGGCUGAAAAAGAUGCUGAAGAAGAUGAAGAAGGUGAUGUAUCAUAUGAUGGUGAUGGUGAAGAGUCUGAUGGUGGAAGUAACGGUUCAGAUGCCGGUUUUUCUGAUAGUUCAAAAUCAGAUGAUGUAGUUAUUAAAGAAGACCUAGACAUAUAUGAGAAUCUGAAUUACGAUGAACAAAUUCUAGAUGAAGAUGAAGUCUACCUUGAAACCGAUGACUCAUCUGGUGAUGAAGAAGAACAAGCAGAUAUGUUAGUGAAAAAGAAUUUAGGUGAUGGUGUCUUCAGCUUGAGACAACUAUUUAGUAGUGGGAAUGAGUUUAAGCAGAAUGUGAUUAGAUACAUUUUAAAGACUAGGCGUAAUGUGAGAAUCCAGUUGGAAAAUAGAUCGUUAAAGAAUAUGAAGAUGAGUAUCAAUGUCUUCCGUUGGAAGAGAUAUAAUCUGAUUAUCUCACCUCCAAAGUCACAAGUUGCAAGAAGAAUGGUUUUACACAAACUGCAAGCUGAGACCAGUGACCAAUUUGCACGGUUGAGAGAUUAUGCAAAACAUCGAGCUUGUGCUAGUUACAUCUACGCCAACGUCACGAAAAAUCACAAAUCUGAUUCAUUGAAGCCAUUGUUUUGGAGAGUUGCAAGC